AUGUAUCGGGCAGCGCCAUCGACUGGUGCUGGCGAGUCCAUCCGCCAAAAGGCAAUGGACGUCAACCGGUCUCUGCGGAACAUUAAGAAUGAACUCGAGACCCUGCUCGAGAAGGGUGCCAUCACUGACGACGCCUUUACCAACAUCCACGGCAUGCUUCCACAGGAAUGGAGUCUGCGUGACGGACCGCCAGCGAGUGCAGCAGCAGCAACUUCAGCAGCACGUGCCAUGUCCCCAGCUGCUGCUCCUGUCGCUGUUGCCACGCCUCCGCUGCCUGCCCGCCGCACGCCCCAGCCAGCGCCCAUCGAGCCGGAACCCGCUCCGAUCCCAGAUCCGGCCUCUGAUACCGAUGCUGACGGCCGCACAGCCAUAGGCUAUGCCACAGCCAAGUACCGCUACGAUGCACCCAACGAGGGCGACCUCGGCUUCGAGCGGGGCGAGGCCGUGGCCGUGUACAGCCAGGUCAACGCGGACUGGUGGUUGGGCCGCAACCUGCGUUCCGGUCAGGUGGGCAUCUUCCCGCGACAGUACGUCAAGCCGGAUGCGGCACUGGCCGACCUUGAGCGCGCCGGCCGGGUGCCGUCAGCAGAAGAGGCAGAGGCCACAGCUCGCAACGGCGGGCCGCCCGACUACUACAGCCAGCAGAACCAGAACCAGAACCAGAACCAGUACCAGCAGCCGUACUUUGCCGAGAAGACCACCCAGCAGCAGUCUUACGGCCAGCCGCAGCAGUACGGACAACAGCCGUAUGGCCAGCAGCCAUAUGGCCAGCCUUCGUAUGCUCAGCAGCCUUCGUAUGGUCAACCGCAGUAUGGCCAGCAGUCCUACGGCCAGCCUUCGUAUAGCCAGCCGCAGUACGAGCAGCACAACCAGCCCAGCCAGCCCAACCAGCCCAUGCCGGCCAACGGCGAGGGCAGUGCUGCACCUCCCGAGGACGACAAGAUGAAGAAGACGGGCAAGAAGAUCGGUGGCAAGCUGGGAAAUGCCUUUGUGACGGGCGUGGGCUUUGCUGCGGGUGCCGAGUUGGUCAGCGCGAUUCUGUAG